AUGGUUGUUUCAGAAAAUUGUGGUGAUGUAUCAGUUUUAUUAGAGUUUUUUGCAGUUAUAUCUAAUGGAAGAGGUGCUGAUAGAUUGGAGGAUAUUGCUUCCGAAGUUUAUGGAAACGAUCAGAAACUUGGUAUAUUUCGAAGAUUCGUAAAUAUUUUAGAACAUUGCCACCCAUUUAGACUAAAAGGAUAUAAAGAGUAUAUAUUUUUGGUUGGUGGAGUAUGUGUGCCUAGUAAUGCGGAACGGAAUUAUAGAUUAUUGAUGUACGAUUCGAUCAAAGAGAUAUGGAAAACGAAAUCGAGGAUGCCUUUCCGUGUAAGAAACUUUAAAACGUGUAUAGUGGGAUCUAAGAUGUUUAUUACAGGAAAUAGAGGUCAUCCUCAUGUAAUGCCACUACACAUGUUUUGGUACGACUACGAAACUGACGAAUGGAGCACACGAUAUGACUGUCCAAGACAUAUACGUGACAUAUCGUAUAAGUGCUGCAAUUAUUUAGAUAAAUUUCUAAUAUUUAGUUUAAAUUGGAAAUGUGCGUGUACGUUCGAAGAAACUAGUGGCUUCACGAUAUUGCCCUUGGUUUACCCGCCCACACUUGACAACGAUAUAAAAAAUAUGCAGAUUAAGUGCGGGAAGUUUUCGCUUUUCGCAUAUAAGGAUCGCCUAUAUUUAAAAGGUACAAAAAUAUUAGAAAUGAAGAAGAUUUAUGAUGGAUUGGAAGUUAUUUUCAUAAAAACCAUUUCCACUGUUAAAUAUGAUGAUUUAGAAACGACUAUCUGUGAUAAUAUGGUAUAUACGUUAUACAGAGAACACACGAUACACGGCUACAUGUACUCGUUUGAAAAAUUCAAUUUAGAUACCCACGAAAUGGAAAUCAUUUUCGACGGACUCAAAACGCUGCAAGUAGAAGAGAAACUUUUUAACUUGGAUCAACGUUAUCAUUCAUUAAACAUAUUCUCAGUCUCUCAUCACAAUUUAUUUGACGAAAAUGAAUUGGUGAAUAAAAAUUUCUGA